AUGGGCGAUUCGAACACGUGGGACCUGGUUGGCUCGCCAGAUCAGCGAAAAAAGAGCAGAUCUCCGUCGAGAGGCAGUCGUGUGGAUCCGGAAGUGAGGCGGGGGAAAAUUAGACCACGAGUCACACUAGUUUUCAGAUAAUUGUAGGCCUGGAAAGUGCCGCCGAGCUGGAAGCGCUCGGAUUGGGAAAAGAGCAGCUGGAAGAGGAGGCGCGCGAGCAGAGAAGGCAGAAGAAGCAGCGAAGCAAGUCGCCGGCGCUCGAGAAUAUCCGAAAGACUUCCAUUCACAUUCUUCAGGUGAAACGAGCCCUGUAAGGUUGGUUGUAUCUUUAGAAGGUUUCAGAAGUUUGGAGCGCUCCCGAAGAAAAAAGAUGACAGUGUUUUAUUAUUCCGACGAGCAGACAUUCUCGAUAUUCCUUUGGAUUCUCUCUGUCUGCGGUGAGUGUUCCAAUUGCUUAUGAGCUUUACUUUGGCUUCUUCCAGACCUAAAGAGUUCUUCCAAGAGCCCAAAGUAUUCUCAUUCCGAGAUAUGGGAAGGGAACAGCAGAAGGCAGAAGUCAAUGAGAAAUGGUGAGUGGUGGUACGGUUCAGAUUAUUGUACCUUCGUUCAGUUCGUACCUUUUCCGCGGCACUUCCUUCGAGCAAGACGAGUGCUCUGAACUGCCGACGGAAAUGACUCGCAUCCCGGAAUACGAUCAUUUCUGUCCGAUUCACGGAUCACGACGGCGGAUUGUGAGGAAUCAGUUGGUGACGAUGCAGCACUUGAUGCAUUCCGUCGAUCGGGACGACGACGGAGAAGACCUUUCCUAUCUGUACAGGUGGGUUAGGAUUGAAGAAUGAGAAGAGGAUGAAAACUGUUUCAGCCAUGAUUUGAUUGCCAAGCUGAUUAGAAAGAAGAAGCGAGAAAUGUUGAGUGGAGCUGAGAAAGAGAGAACAACGAAGAUAAAACGGAAGAUUAUGGUACUUUCUGGAAUGACUGAAGACAGUCUCAACGGAUUCUGUUUCAGUCGAAUCUCUGGAUCCUCUCCGUCGCUUUUCUCUUCCUCUUCACAGCUUUCAAUGGUCUUCAGAACCUUCAAACAUCUGUAAAUGGAGAUCUCGGAUCCGACAGUCUCGUGUAGGUACUUCACCUUUUUCCCAGUAUUUCCACUCCCACUUCAGAGCCCUCUACCUAUCGCUGGCCAUCUCCUCCCUCUUCGUUCCUUCUUUCAUGAUCAAUCGUGUCGGGUGCAAACUCACUUUCAUCGUCGCCAUUUUUGUAUAUUUCCUCUACAUUGUGAUCAAUUUGCGACCAACGUACGAAUAGAAAAACGUGCGAGUUGUUUCAAAUGAUUCUCAGAUAUUCCUCGAUGAUCCCUGCUUCCAUCUUCUGUGGAAUCGCCGCUUCCUGUAUCUGGGGAGCCAAAUGCGCGUACAUCACAGAAAUGGGAAUUCGCUACGCCACUCUCAAUUUCGAGAGCCAGAGCACUGUGAUUGUCAGGUUGCGUUGUUUUCCUCAAGAAAUUAUAUUAGAAAGAGUUGCAGGUUCUUCGGCUAUUUCUUCAUGAUUGUCCAUUGCGGUCAGGUCAUCGGAAACGUCGUCUCUUCUUAUAUUUUUACUCUUUCCAUGUCUGGCUCCAUUCGCAGUCCCGAAGACACCAUUUAUGACAGGUUCGCAUUCGAUUCUCGUAAUCGUUUACAUAAACAUUUGACCCGUUUCUUAGUUGUGGAUAUCAAUUUCCGAGGAAUCUCUCGUUGCUUUCCGACCUCGCUGAGAGCAAUCUGGCGAGGCCACCACAGAAAGUCUACGUGGCAGGUAAGCCAGAAGCUUCGAUAGGAUUCGGAGGAGCUAAUUUUGAAUUCCAGUGUGCCUCGCGUAUCUCACUUGCGUCAUCAUCAGCGGAAUGAUCAUCAGCAUGUUCCUCAACGCGCUCAUGAAAGAUUCUCGUGCCAGGUUCGUUCAUUAUUCUCUCCUUCCAUAGUUCAUUUUCCAGAAAAAAUGCGCAACGCUUCAACUCGGAAAUCAUCAAUCUCAUGCUGAAACAUUUAAUAAACAUGAAGUUCAUGCUGCUCGUUCCUCUGACCAUCUUCAAUGGAUUGGAGCAGGCGUUCCUCGUGGGUGUCUACACGAAAGCAUUCGUGGCGUGCGGUCUCGGAAUCUGGCAGAUCGGCUUCGUGAUGGCCUGCUUCGGAAUCUCCGACGCCAUCUGCUCUCUCGUCUUUGGGCCGCUCAUCAAAUUGUUCGGAAGAAUGCCUCUCUUCGUAUUCGGAGCAGUUGUCAAUCUUUUAAUGAUUAUCACACUCAUGGUAAGCUCCCAUUCCGUCCAAAUCGACAAAUUCCGUUGCAAGGUAUGGCCGCUGAACGCCGCCGACAAACAGAUUUUCUACGUGGUCGCGGCGAUGUGGGGAAUGGCCGACGGCGUCUGGAACACACAGAUCAACGGGUUCUGGGUUGCGCUCGUGGGCAGACAGUCUUUGCAGUUCGCAUUCACAAAGUAUCGGUUCUGGGAAUCGCUUGGAAUUGCAGUUGGUUUCGCGUUGAUCAGGUGAGAUCUUCAGAAGAUGCAUCCUUCAAAUAACCAGCCGCUUCCCAGACAUGUGACUGUAGAAGUGUACCUUCUGAUCACAUUCUUCGUGCUUCUCGUCGGAAUGUGCGGAUUCGUAGCUAUUGAGAACUUUGAUCAUAUCAUCGUAAGUAUCCAGAUUUCCAUACAAUCAUCUUCAAUGUUUUCCUUUUUUAGUCAGUUUGGGAAACAAUCAAACACGCAUAUUGCUCAAGUCGAUCAUCGAAACAAAAUAGUAUUAUGUGA